GGGUCCCCCGCUGGUAAGUGGAAGAGACAGGCCCUUGCCCCGCCCCUCCGGCAAGCCCCUCCAUUUUAAAAACACAGUGUUGAGAACAGAGUGGUAGUUUACCCCGAAGCGGGGGGGAGGGCCUUCGCUUGGGCAUUUGCUCCUUGAGUCCUCGGCGACUCGCUGAGCACAGGAAUAGAGAGAGAGACUAGAGCGGUGAGGGAGGCUGGAACGAAUCCUCCGCGGAACCACCGAAGCGAGGCCUCUGGGAGCACGUGGAGGAACGGACCGCGGCGGGUCGGGCCAGACUCUCGGGAAUGGCGGCGGGGGCGGCCAACGCGGGGCCGGGGGUGGCCAUCCCCGUGGAUCUGCAGCGCGAGCGGCGCAUGGUGUGUGUGGAGUACCCGGGCCUGGUGCGCGACGUGUCCAAGAUGCUGCAGACCCUGGGCGGCGAGGAAGGCGUCUCUCGGAUCUACGCAGACCCCACCAAGCGGCUGGAGCUGUACUUCCGGCCCAAGGACCCCUACUGCCACCCCGUGUGUGCCAACCGCUUCGGUACCAGCAGCCUGCUGCUCCGGGUCAGGAGGAAGGCCAGGCGGCAGGAGGGGGUGCCGGGGCCUGAGGCCCACCCCGCGGUCACGUUCGACGUGGAGACUGUUGGCAUCGUCUCCACCGUUUACAAAUUCCAAGGAAUGUCGGACUUCCAGUAUCUGGCUGUGCACACGGAGGAGGGCGGCAGGCACAUGUCGAUGUACGACCGGGUGCUCAUGCUCCGGCCGGAGAAGGAGGCCUUCUUCCAUCAGGAGCUACCGCUCUACAUCCCCCCGCCCAUCUUCUCGCGGCUGGACACCCCGGCGGACUACUUCUACCGGCCCGAGACGCACCACCGGGAAGGCUACAACAACCCCCCGGUCACAGGCGAGAACCUCAUCGGCCUGAGCAGGGCCCGGCGCCUGCACAACGCCGUCUUCGUCAACUUCGAGGACGACGAGGUGCCCGUGCAGCCGCUGGAGCCCGCCGUGCAGACGUGGCGGCGGCUCUGCACCAACCCCGUGGACCAGAAGGUGGAGGAGGAGCUGAGGGAGCUGUUCGCCGUCCGUCCCGUCUGGUCCCGCAACGCCGUCAGGGCCAAAGUCAGCGUCCACCCCGACAAGCUCAAGGUCUUGCUGCCCUUCAUGGCCUAUUACAUGAGCUGCGGCACGAGCGGGCGGCCCGGCCCAGGUACCCCCGAAACGGGUGCCACCACUCCUGGGGAGCCUGACCAGCCGUGGGGCGCAAGUUCAGGAGGAGGGAGUCGCCCCGCAGCUUCCGCACGAAGGGGUGCGCGUCUCUCAGUGACCUCGUACGAGAGCUCUCUGAGGGCCGGGUGCUGGAUCACGGGCCCCUGGAGAAGCCUGUGGAUUCGGUUUGGGUACGACCCGCGGAAACACCCGGAGGCCAAGAUCUACCAGGUCCUUGAUUUCCGGAUCCGCUGUGGAGUGAAACACGGCUACGCCCACAACGACAUGCCCGUGAAAGCCAAGCGCAGCACCUACAACUACAGCCUUCCGAUCACCGUCAAGAAGACGCCCAGUCAGGUCGCCACCAUGCAGGACCUGAAGCAGGGCCUGGGCCCGGCGGGGACGGCCGGCUUGCGGAAGUCGAACUCCAACAAGUACAAGCUCAAGGACUCGGUCUACAUCUUCCGGGAGAACGCCCUGCCGCCCUACCGACAGAUGUUCUACCAGCUGUGCGACCUGGACGUGGGCGAGCUGCAGAAAAUCAUCCACCGCAACGACGGGGCCGAGGAGACCUGCACGGAGCGGGACGGGUGGUGCCUCCCCAAGACCAGCGACGACCUGCGCAACGCCAUGUCCCUGCUCAUCCGGCAGACCAUCCGUGCCCAGAGGCCCGCUCUCUUCUCCAGCCCAGCCAAGGCGGACGGUGCCGGGGGGAAAGAGCCGGCGACGGGCGAGUCCGGGGAGGAGGAGGAGGACGAGGACGAGGAGGACGAGGAGGAGGAAGAGGAGGACUUCAAGCCGUCGGACGGGAGCGAGAAUGAGAUGGAGACGGAGAUGCUGGACUAUGUGUGACGUGGCCGUGGGCCCCCCCUCAGGCCCACGGUCGCUGGGACGGCCCAUGAGCCCCCUCUGAGGAGAGCUGGGACCCCAGUACUGGCUGCAGCCGGCCCUGGUCCUGCCUGUGACCUGCUGCUCGGGGCUGCCCCCUGCCCUGGCUGCUGGGGACAUUCCCAAAGGCUGUGCCCGGCCCCCUGUCCGUGAGCCAGCCCAGGUCCGGUUGGCUGAGACCCACAAGGGCUGGAGGUGGGGAUGUGCUGGGGGUGGGGGUCGGGCUUGGCCUGGGUCUGGAGACAGCAGGGGAGCCUGGCCCCUGGCCGCAGGUGGCGGGAGGCCUCCUUGGGUCUGGGUCCACCCUCUUGAGGGGCUCGGCAACGACUGGGCCCCUGGGACUGCCCUCAUUGAAGACAUCUCCCCGGAGACUGGGUGUUGGAGCACCUGCCGGGGGCUUGGGCUCCCGCUGCUGGGUGCCAUCCGCCCUCCCAUCACAGGCCCAGGGACCCCCCGGGACAGUGCUGGGACCGUCGGGAACAGGCCCAGUGGCCCCAGCCCCGUCCCCAGGGGCCCCACGGCCUCGUGUCCCUCCCUUACCGCUCCAGUGUUCUCAGAGGCUCCCGGCACUGCAGCCCGUGUCCUCCCACGGCUGCCCGAGUGCCGCUGCCACAGUGAGGGGCCCUGGGAGCCCUCCCAGGGGAGAGCAGGAGCCCGGGGCCCGCAGCGCUGGGCACCGGCCUUGCGGAGAGGCCAGCCAGCAGCCUUUCCGAAAGGCUGGCGGCCCCAGGCCCAGCGCUUCUGUCCAAGGCCUUCCUCUUCACUGUGCAUCUCUGUGGGGGCUCCCCACUUCUAAGCUGUGCCCCGAACCUCAGAGGGAGAAGAUGUGGGUUCUCGUCCCCACCUCCCAGGAGCCGCCGGGGCCCCUGUGCAAGCCUGAGGAGGGCGGCCCAGGGCCGGGGCCGCCCUGCACCCCCUCUGCCACCUUGUGCACAGUAUGUGGUGAUGGAGGAAUCACCGAGUCAGAAACCUGGGAGUUGUACUUACACCCCCGUUUUGUAAAAAGCUUGUUGUUGUGGAGAACGCCGAAUGGCCGCAGAAAUCCUGAGUGUCGUGGGACUUCCCAGUGCGAGGCCCUGGCAUCGCUGUUUUAUCAGACUUGUCCCCUCUGUCCUCAGAGUUGGGGUUCCCAUUCCUGUCUUCCUAGAGCUCUCUUAAGGAGAGACCCAGCCCCACAGGAGGAACCUAGCGUGCCAGGACCUACCCCACCGCACCCGACGCUCUGGCUGCCCUUCAGGUUCAAGGCCCCUUCCCAGGGACGUGGGGGCGUGGCCUUGACCCACAGAUGCGGGUGUGGCCGUCAGCCGCCCUGAUGUCUGCCUGGACCACCUCUUCCCCGGGCUGCAAAGCAGCGACUUCCCGUGUGGCUGGUCCCCCUGCGUCCACUGGCUGGGCUUCUGGGGAGGACUCAGCCCCCGGCACCUGCAGGUGUCCGGCUUCCCCGAAGCCACUGGGACCGGCAGAGCGGGGAAAACGCCUGCUCCCCCGGCCGCCUCUCGGAAGGAGGACUUGGCGACCCGCCGAGGGCCACUGGUGGCGGCGGAUGUUGGGGGAGGCUUCUUUGUUUUUUUUAACUUUUGUAAUGAACUCUUAAGUUUGUUUCGAACGAUCGUGGUCACACUUUUUGAUGCCCAGCCCGUCUCAUCUCUGGCCGGCGGGGGGGCCCCAGGUUGCCUCCUGUGACCUUUGACACACCCUCUGGUUCUCUGCGCCUUCUUGUCCCCCGCCUGCCGAUGGCCUGGGGUGCCCGGCCCCUUCGUCGGCAUGGAGGUGGUGUGCAGAGACCCCAGCUGGGCCCCAGGGGGGCCUGCUGCUCCUGGGUUUUCCUUUUACUUCAGUGCUUUUGAAAUCACAGAGCCAGGAAAUGGGCCUUUUUUUUUUUUUUACAACAAACAUAGUAAAAUAUGUGUUUGUACAGAUAGUUUCCAAUUAAAAGAUAAAAU